AUGACGUCCAACGAAUCAAGCUACACCGAGAUGAAGGGCGACUUGGAGGCUAUUGGGGCGCAUUGCCAGAUGGAGUACUGCAACGUGCUGGACUUCCUACCGUUCCGAUGCGAGAGUUGUCAUGGGAAAUUCUGUCUCGACCACCGCACCGAAUACGCGCACAAGUGUCCUAAGGAAGGCGAAUGGGCAAGACAGAGAGCCAAGAACAACCAGGCCUCAUCGCUAUCUACCCCGAAACCGACCGUCUUCAACCACGACCAACAAUGUGCCGACCCGUCGUGCAAGACAUUGAUCGAUACCGCCCGCGCGCAAGGUGUACAUUGCGCACGAUGUAAUCGCAGAUACUGUCUGAAACAUCGCUUCGAAGAGGAUCACGACUGCAAGAACCUCACACCCAUCGGCGCGCGACCGCAAAACUACGUACAAGCGCGCACGCAAACAGCACUCACAAGACUGAAAGCAUGGGCCGAACAGAAGAAGAAGGACGAUGAGAAGCGGAGAUCUGCCCCCAAGAAGACGGGUUUCUUGGGAAUAGGAAAGAGUACAGCGUCGUCGGCGGCAGCUUCAGCGCAAGCUGAACUCAAUGCGCUGAAGCGGAUAGCAAAGGGCGAAGCCAGCGUACCCCAAGAAAAGCGGAUAUACCUACACGUCGAAGCAUCAGCCGAUACAACCAAGGCGAAAUACCCCACGGGAAAGUUCUUCUACAACAAGGAAUGGACUGUGGGGCGCGUGCUUGACAUGGCGGCCAAGUCACUGCAGGUACAAAACGUGAACAACCGCGGUGGCGGCGAGGAGGAGAAACUACGCGUCUUCCACGUGGAAGGCGGACGACUGCUGAAGUUCAGCGAGAAGAUUGGCGAGCCGUGUACGUCUGGGAAUAUGAUUGUCCUUCUGCGAGGUGUAGGGUCAGGAGAGGCGCCGGAUUUGAUCGAUUUAUAG